GCUGUUUCCAGAGUGAGGCUUGACACGCUUUAUUCCUAUGAUUGGAUGAACGGCGCUCACAACGAGGCUUGGAUAACACAUGGAGGGACAAGGCAUCAGAUAAGGUCAGAAUAUGCAUGAUGAAUAACCUGGAGAGUCCCAGUUUGUGUCACAUGCCUCCCAUUUGUCAUUAUGUGGGUUAAAUUCUCAUUCAGGAUUAAGAAUCCAUUAGUUUGAUUCUAUUCAGGUGGCAGACUAUCAAUGUGUGAAGGUUUCUCAGUUUCCCUGUUCAAUAGCUUAUUGUUAUUGGCAGGGCCUUCUUUAUUAUUGAUUGGACCCUGGGCAAGCAACUGCUUGGGCACCCUGGGCAUGCAAUCACCCCCUCCACCCCAACCUAGAGGCGAAACUAAUGUAGAGAGUGCCUUGGUGCAAAAAAAUAAUAAUUCAGGCCUGCCCUGUAGCACAAGAGUAAAGAAAAGAUAGAUCCCCAUCUGUCAUACAACUCCUGCGAUGCUAUGCCAGGUGGGGAUCUACCAUCCUUGCAGGGUUGUAUUUUUGAGCAGUGUUUGUUCAAAUGAAUGUCAGCAUGUUAUUGUAUAGAGUGUAUGUGUGCAUGUAGGAGUGUAUUUGUAUGUACUGUUACCAUUGGAAUGCAGUGGUGUACUUGUGUGUAGUGUUUGCGUUUGAAUGCAGUAAUGUGUGAUUGUCUGUAGUGUUGGCUUUUAAAUGCAGGUGUACUUUUGUGUGUAGAGUUGGUGUUUGUAUAUAAUUUUAGCGUUUUAAUACAGGAAUGUGUUUGUAUGUAAUGUUUGUAUUUGCAUGCAGGGGGUUGUUUGGAUGUAGUGUUGUGUACAUUUGUGUGUAGUAUUGGUGUUCAGCAAACUGGUGUGUUUGUAUGUAAUGUUUGUGUUUGCAGGGCUCUGUUUGCAUGUUGUGUGAUUUCUAUAACACAUAUACACAUACACAUUAACACGCAGAUACACACAUAGGCACACUGACACAUGCUCACACCUUGACACAUACUGGCACAUACUCAGAUACACACCCUUUGACACACAGAUACAAGCACUUUGAUACACACAUACACUGGCACAUCCACACACAGAGGUACACACACACACUGACACAGGUAUGUACACACACACACUCAGAUACACACAUACAUAAAGGUAUAAAUGCAGGGGUGUAUAUGUGUACAGUGCUAGAGAUGGAGUGUAUUUGUGUUGGCAUUAAAAUGCUGGGAUGUAUGCAUUACCACACACUCAGAUGCACACUUACACACACUGACACACAUACACACACAAACACACACACAGGUACACAUACACACUACACAGGUAUACAUACACACAGAAACACUGACACACAGACAAACACAGCCAGAUACAAACACUGACACAAACACAGCCAGAUACACACACUGACACAAACACAGCCAGAUACACACAAGGACAUAAACACAGCCAGAUACACACAAGGACAUAAACACAGCCAGAUACACACACACAUAUAUGUGUACAUUUACAUAUUUUAAUCUCUGCCUUCUAGCAGCUCUUGGACAGCAACUCCCAGCAACCUUGGCCAUAAUAAUGUCUCAACUCUGUUCUUACAUACCCUGGUCCAGAAUUUGGCAAAAGUGACAUUUGGAAAUGGUAUACAGCCUUUGAUAACACUUGAUGCAAUAAUAUGUUAAAAUAAAUACUUUUAAAAUUUAUAUUUAAUAGGGAACUGUCAGGUUCUUCUAGGAUUUUUAACAUGUACUUAUUCCCUGUGUGUUACAUUACCAACACCUGAAUAAAAGUGAUAUCAGAAAUAAGCAAAACAAAAAAACAAAACAUAUUUAGCUACCCUCCUGUCUCCUUACAUUUUGGGUACAGAAAGGUGGCUUCCCUGGGGUCCAAGAGAGAUUGCUGGCCCAGGCUGAUGGGAGUCUGCCAUCAGCUUUCUCAGUCCCUCUCCCCCACAAUGCUUGCAUCCUCCUCCGUGUGGUGUGUGCCUCCUCCCCAGCGGCAAUGAGGAGGAAGUGAUCUGACCUCACUGCCUCCCAGCAUGUCACGGAGAAGAAAAGGGAUCACAGGGCAGCGUGUGAGGGGCUAGCUGUGUGUUUGUAUUCAGCCAACCCCCAUAUUACAAGGGCCCGGUCCAGAGCAGUAUUAAAGGGCUGUGGCCCCUGAUUGCCUCAGGUGCUGCAGGGGGCCCAUGGGGCAGCUGCCUUAGGGCCCCCACGAGUAACUGGGCCCGGGGCAGCUGCCCCUUUUGCCCCUCCUUAAAGACGGCCCUGGUUAUUGGUAUUUUAAUCUUUCAACACUAUAGUCACAGCUUUACGACUUUAGCUUCAGUUUUGCAAUAUGGAUUUUAGUUUGUGCAACCUGAACCCAGUAAAUAGAAGCGGAUUCUUUUUUCCAAGUAAGUUACCGUUACCGAGCUGUAAUUUGAUUUUCAGAAAGAGUACAAUUUGCUAUUUGAUUAAUAAAUCCCACAGGGAAUGACUGAUUUUUCUGAAACUGUUCUUGUCUGUUUUUUGUGGUGAUUGGGGAGGGGGGAAUGAAAGUAGAACAGGACACGUUUAAUUGGUAGCAGUGUUAAUUUGUGCGGCUAAUUUAAAUCUAGUUUUAGUCAGUCAUAGUCUUUUGACUAAAAAGUCGUAUUUUAGUCAUCUGAAUUGUUUUAGUCGACAAAAAUUGUUAGUUGACAAAAUUAACACUUAUUGAGAGUAGAUUGGAUCCCACAUUGUAACUGUGACCUGUGUACUUAUACAUAACGGCAACAAGCUGAGCUAGAAACAUGAAAGACUUUUUUUUUUUUUUAGGUUGAAUUCCUGGCAAUUCAUAGUUUAGUAAAUAACUUUUGUAGUGUAAUUUAUUAAUCUUGUACAAUAAUAGAACAAUUAGAUUUGGCACAUUCCUCAUCAAAUAAAGGGCUAAUUAUGAUAAAACCAGGUAUUAACAGAGCUGGACGGUGUAACAUUUCCACGUGUAAUUGAAUAAAAUACCAUGACUGCAAUAGUUAAAUAACGUGGGAUUCAAAACUCUCUGAUAGCAAGCCUAUGCUUUUUUUCUUCUUCUUCACAUUCAGUGAAAGAAAAAUAGUACGUACUUCCUGUGCGUGUAAUAAUCAUUCAGAAAAAUACAUAUGCAGAUAACUGGAUUCUGUAAAAAGUUUGAUAAUAUACAACUUGUGCUAUACAUCAAACUGGGGAAGCAUUGAAAGGUAAGAUGAAAUGCAGAACGUCGUAAUAAUAAUAAUAUAAUUGUGAGUGAGACAGCGCUUUUGCAACUUUGCUUAAUGUUCAAAUAGUGUUUUAUAUUUAUUGUUAUUGUCUUAUUUCUUCACAGGAACUCAUUAUAUAUUUCACUGAAUAUGCUAACUUUGAAAGAUCCUUUCUCUUUGUUGAACAGUAAUCAUGGCAGCUUCUGGUAUAGGAAGAUGUACAUGGAAACGGUAUAAUAAUCAUGCUAUAGUGGCUUCGCAUUUCUUCAAAAAUCUAAUUUCUUUGAAACACAGAAGAUGCUCAGGAGGUAACACUGGCCAUUCUAUAGAAGAAUGUCUUUUUGAUCUGUGCAAGCGGAGACAUUUUAUAAGUGGAGACAAUCUCACUAAAACAUCCCUUCUACAAGGAUUCCAUAGCUUAGGACCUCUAGGGAAAGAGCUAAAGAAAAACCUUGUGACUCAGUGGUGGAACUCAAUAGUCUUAUAUAGAGAAGAGGUUUUAGCAAUUGAUACCUUGUAUCAUAUUCCUUUACAAGCCCAUGCAUCGAAAAAUCCAUUGGUAACAAUAUGUAGUGAGUCUUGGAAAUCACAUCUCCAGGGUAAAGACUGCACUCAGGACAAACCAGUCCCUCUACUGGAAAAUACAAUAAGACAAAAUGGGGUUCUGAGAGAAGAUCUUCUUUAUGGUAAGCAUGUUUCCAUGAAACCUGUAGAAUUUUCCAGCGUAAUUAGAGAUAUUGGUAAUAGCCGUUUGGUAAUGUGGCAUUAUAACAUGUAAAUAUAUGUUGAUGCAUUUAAUGUUGUGCAGCAGAAUUCUAUGUGUUUGAACACAGUAUGUGCACUGAGUUCCAUAUAUUUGAAUUUGCACUGGCAUUAUGUUAUGCCACACACUAUUCAUUAAACCACAAUAACUGUUUAUCCUAAGUAACUAUUUGUAGUGAAUUAAAAACAAAAUUCUAAUAUUCAGGCUAGGAUAGCUAAAGUUUGGAAUGUAACUCAUAGUGAAUGCAUUAUGUCAGAUUAUGCCGUGUAGAUUGUGUGGCAACUUCCCAUAAUGCAUAGGGCUUCCAUAUUUCUUUCUUCAGGAAAACCAAAGGAAAAGGCACAUUACAGUGUUUUUAAAAUUCUUGCUGUCCUAUAGAAUUUGUGUUUGAUGUGUGUGACCUGAUCAGUGACUGUAUCUUAUAUACUUAAAGUAAAUUGACCAUCAUUUUUAAUAAUCUUUAUAUAAAUAUUAUAAUAGUUUUUAUAGCACCUUUUCUCCCUGUGAGAGCUUUAAGUAAGGUGCCUCUAUGAUUGAGCAAGGCAAAGAGUUGAUGUCAUAUUCCAGAGGGAACGGGCUCACAAAUCCCAGGCGCCAGAAGAAAAUUCCUGGUCACCACGGUGACAUGGCGCCUGGGAUUUGUCAAGCCCUGUUUUAUAAGGUCCAGAAGUUUCCAGAUUUUAGUGAACACUGCACUAUUUUUGUGAGGACUGGGACGAGUGUUUCCAUGCAUGCAGAUAUAAGAUGAGCUGGAGAAGGGUCUGAAUCACACGUGUGGCGCAACUUAUGGUUGGUUGGUUCUUUUAAAGGGACACUAUAGUCACCAGACCAACUACAGCCUAAUGUAGUUGUUAUGGUGAGUAUAAUCAUUGUAUGUAGGCAUUUUCAUGCAAACACUGCCUUUUCAGAGAAAACAGCAGUGUUUACUUUACAGCCUAGGGAUUCCUCCACUGACCAUUCCUCAGAUGGCUGCUAGAGGUGCCGUUCAGCAUCUCCACCCUCUGCAUGGAGACACUGAACUCUCCUCAUAGAGAUGCAUCAAUUUAAUGCAUCUAUAAGAGGAUGUGCUGAUUUGCCAAAAUUGUGUUUGGCCCCGCCCCAUCACACCUCAUUGCCGAUUUCAGCCUAUGGGAAAGCAUAGGAUUGGCUAAAAAUCGUAAAUUCUGAUGAUGUCACCAAGUAGGUAGAUCGGCUGCGGGGUCAGCGCCGGCGGACCUGCGCGGAGCUGGAAUGAGUUUUAACUUCUUCUUCUAAGGGGGGACACGCCACCUAAAUGUUGGAUUUAACACUGUAGGGUCAGGAAUACAUGUUUGUGUUCCUGAUCCUAUAGUGUUCCUUUAACUACCUCUUUAUCCACAUUUAUAAACGUAGAUCAUAAUCUGGGGCAAUCUAGCAUUCCACUGUAGUGGUUCUGGUGUAUAACUGGUUGGCCUGCUAUGGUGGAGGAAAUCUUGUCUCUGAAGAAGAUCGCAAAUUCUUCACAGAAGUUGGUGGGGAUAUGCAUGCUGGUUGCAGAGAUUUUGCAAAACAGUUGCUGGUCUAUUGUGGGAGAAUCAUUUUGCGUGACAAGAAUUAUUUAAGGGGCUAGUUACUAAACUUGGGAAAUUGCUCAUUUGAAGCCAAGAUAGCUGAAUUGAAAGUAUUUGCCUUCCCAGCUUUAUUUUUUAUUUUUAUUAAUCUUGGCUUAAUUUUUACAAAACUAGUAUUUCCCUAGUUAAUUUUCAACAAUUUGACAAAUGAACUCCCAGAUGUUUAGAGAAUCAACUGCAUAUACAUCAAAUUGUUGUUAAGCCAAAGAGGUUGAGCUAUAUCAGGGGUGCCCAAAAUGGUAGAUCCCCAUAUGUUAUAAAACUACAACUCCCAUGAUGUUUUGCAUACUUUUAGGAUGCCUUUAGAAUGGCAAAACAUCAUGGAAGCUUUAGUUUUAAAACAUCUGGGGAUCUACCUACUGGGCACCCCGGAACUAUAUCAUCAAAACAACACUGUUAAUCCCCCAAUACCCCUAACAACAUCUGAAACCAUUAAACUAAAGAGACUGGAGUGUUAUUGAAGGAACCACACAUAGACAAUUGCCAUUUUAAAAGGUAACUUUUAUUAUUGCACCAUAAAAAUUCAAACCAGAUUAUCACCAAGUGCCUAUGGUACUAAACAAAACAAAUCCAUUAUUAAACCAAAUAGUGAUUUCUACAAAGAGAUCCACUAGAGUCGACAGCUCUCAAGUAGUUAAUUAUAUAUAGAAAGGAGAACAUAACCGAAAUAAAUAUAUAUAGAUUGUCUCAAAAGUGCUUAGUUGAUGAAAAUGAAUCAUAAAUUCUUCAUAUGUAAAUUAACAUGCUCAGCUAAUUGCUUAAAAGGAAAUGUAUAGAGACAAAUCACUUGUUUUGCUUCACAAAUUGCUGUAUACUCACAAGGAUUAUCACCUAAAUUGUGAUUUCAAAGCAGAUCCUAUAGAUUGCACUCUGAUAUUUGCAUAGAUUUGUCAGUUUGGUUUUAAUUCAUAUUAAUUAGUGAUUCAUCCCCUCCGAGUCUUAGGAUUCUUUUGUCCCCCACAUGUUUCUUAAAUUCAGAUUUUAUUUGUAGUUGGAAUAAAUCAGCUCCCAAUCUUUUAUUGAGUCUCCUCUGUUUUCAGACAUGUGUAGUCAGCUGUUCUAUAAAAUUAAAAAUGUGAAUUAUGCAGCCCUGGCUACUCAAGUGCUCAUUAUAUUUAGAAUUCAUUUUGCCGGUUCAUGACAUAAUUCUUGCGCUACCCAUUUUCCACCACUAGAUGUCCCCCCAGAUAGAUAAAGCAGCAUGUUGGGUGUUUUUUUUUUUUUUUACUUGUUUGUUUUAUAUUUAUUAAUACAGUGGGAGGUGAAUAUGUGGUUUUGAAAGGCUCACUUUAUUUUUAUUUUUUUUCAUUUUUCCUGUGUUCGCAAUCUGAGCACUAUACACACUAGCAUCAUGCAGGCUCUGACAUACAACCCUUUACAAACACACACAUUCAGGGAAAAAUACAAAUUUCUUAUAUUAAAUCCUUAAGAACAUGUGAUGGAAAUUAUCCGUCAUGUUGUAACACUACAACUCCCACAAUGCUUUGAAUGCCCUUCGAAUGAUAACACAUUAUGGAAGCUGUAGUUUUUUAAAACAUCUGUGGAUCUACAUUUUGGGCACCCCAGGUCUACAGCAUUUGCUCCCCAUACUCAAUGAGUUUAGGGUAUAGGAACGAGCAAGUAGGGACAAAAUUGGUCUGAAUUGUCAAGGUUACCCAUCACUGUUUUAGUAAUGGACAGAUAUCUGCCACUGUAGUAUAACUCACAUGAUGCCUGAGCUUUAUGUUUUAUUGUCUGAGAAUUUUGGGAGUUUUCUAUAGGAAUUUUUUUUUUUAUUGGUUCUUUCAAGGGUGGCCCAAAGCCAGAGUUCUGUUCACUGGUUGCAGUUUGCAUGCCCACAAUUUCUCUUUACCUCUUCUGAUGUAGAAAACUUAAAAGACACGGACCGUUUAGCAGGAGACCCAGUGACUGAUCUGGUUACCAAGUUUUGGAUUUGUAUUGAAAUUUAAGUCUUUUUUUGGCAGUAUCAGCAGAGGAUAAGAUGAUGCUAAGGAAGUGACUGGGGUGGUUGUAGUAAGAUGGCAAAAGAAACUCUGAAGGACAGUGGAGUGAUCGGGGAGCUUGUUGGUUUAGCCAAUAAUCAAUAACCAAUACAAGCUAGUUUGUGAGUGUGAUAGUAAUGUAGUUCAGGGAGGGUACAAAUGCAUCAAGGAUUAAUCACAUUUUAUAGAGUACGCAAUGACAAUCCUGCCCGCUACAAUUAUCUGAUCGAGAAAUGCCAAGUACAAUUUGGGAUAACACUUCUCUUUUUAAAAAUGUUAACUGGGGACUGUCACUUCCUGGGCUUUUUAAAACAAUAUUUACUUCUCCCCCAGGUGCUCUGCAGCAGUACGUCUCGUGUCUGGACCUGAUGAAUAAAAAGCUCCCUUUUGGCCUGGCAGAAAUUGGCAAAUGCUUCAACCCCAUUCCAGACAAAAACGUUGGAAAAAAGGUCUCCAGGUAAGACAAAAACAUUCUUAUUGUAAGCAACAGAGCAAUAAGCUGACGGGUCUGUCUACAAGUUUAUUGUUAAACUCAGAGUUUUGUUUAACUAUAUAGCUAUCAAUCUGAAUCUUGGAGAAUGGGACGAUGAAGACGUCUAGAUCAGGGGUGCUCAAAAGCUAGAACUACAACUCCCCUGAUACUUUGCCUGUCUGUGCAUGCUUUUAGAAUGACAAGGCAUCAUGGAAGUUGUAGUUUUGGCACCCCUGGUCUAGAUCAUUGAUUCCAGAACCAGAGUUUAGGCAUUUCUCAGUUCUGUCCCAAGACGAUGUUGACUAAACUUUGAUUUCCGGUGUUGCCACUGAUACACGAACUACGAACUGCAAUUGAAUGUUGUUGUAACAGUUACUGACUAUUAACUGUAACUCUCGUGAAGCAUAUUCCCUCUUUUUCUUUAACUUUUCAUUUCUUUUUAGAAUAUACAAUGUUGCGUACAGGAUACUCUUACAAGUAUUGUGCCAUUUUCAGAAGUUACAAGAAGAGACAAAACUAUGUGUUUCCCCUUUUAGCAAUUAAAGAGAAGUAGGAUUUCCAAGAAUACAGAGAAUUUGCAUUGUCGUUAAAGGAACACUAUAGUCACCUAAAUUACUUUUGCUAAAUAAAGCAGUUUUAGUGUAUAGAUCAUUCCCCUGCAAUUUCACUGCUCAAUUCACUGUCAUUUAGGAGUUAAAUCACUUUGUUUCUGUUUAUGCAGCCCUAGCCACACCUCCCCUGGCUAUGAUUGACAGAGCCUGCAUGAAAAAAAAACUGGUUUCACUUUCAAACAGAUGUAAUUUACCUUAAAUAAUUGUAUCUCAAUCUCUAAAUUGAACUUUAAUCACAUACAGGAGGCUCUUGCAAGCUAUUAACAUAGCAGGGGAUAAGAAAAUCUUAAUUAAACAGAACUUGCAAUAAAGAAAGCCUAAAUAGGGCUCUCUUUACAGGAAGUGUUUAUGGAAGGCUGUGAAAGUCACAUGCAGGGAGGUGUGACUAGGGUUCAUAAACAAAGUGAUUUAACUCCUAAAUGGCAGAGGAUUGAUCAGUGAGGCUGCAGGGGCAUGUUCUAUACACCAAAACUGCUUCAUUAAGCUAAAGUUGUUCAGGUGACUAUAGUGUCCCUUUAAUCUUUAUAAGAUAUGAAAAUCAUGGAACCAGACUUUUGGGAAAGGAAGCAAAUUCUAUGUACAUUUCCCCCUAUUCUAGGAUGAUAAAUUGGCACAUUUAAUAUUAAUUUGUUUACAAAAUACACCCAUCCCAGCCUGUUUGUGAUGCGAUUAAAAACAAGUGACUGGAAAAAAAAUAAAAAUUUUGAUGGUUUUCAAUGACUUGGAGAGCACUCUGUAUAAUUUCCUAAUUAUAUUUAUAUUUUUUACAUAAUAUUCUGGAUAAUUGCAGAGGCUACUUUACCUUAUGAUCCCUCUUUCUGCAAGACCAUCUAGCAUGUAACAUAUCAGCUGGUUAGAAUAGCGGUAACAUCCCAGGUUUGAAUCACCACCCCACCAGUGAGUGUGCCUGGCCAAGGCAUCUAACAUUGUGUAUCCUCCCACCUCUAAUCCUCAUACAUUGUAAGCUCAUGUGAGGUUUCUCUAAUUAUAAAGUGCUGCAGACUAUGUUUGUGCUUUAUAAACGGUAAUAAUAAUAAUUAGAGCUUAAAGGGUUUCUCCAACCACCAUGACCACAUUUGUGUGUAAAACUGGACAUGUUGGUAGGAUACUUUGUUCUGGGCUGCUUAAUGUUAAUUCUGUUCAAAAAGGACAUCUGUUGUCAUCGCAAACUGCAUGUACAUUCCCUUCCUGAUUUCAGCCUCCCCACCCCCACACAUUUCUUAAUAUUGCUCUGGUUUUGUUAUUUUCAUUCCCUCCCUUGUUCGCCCCCUGACUACCUCCGUCCUCGCUGGCUCAGAGAGCAUGUAUGCAUCCUGAGCUGGGAAGAUCGGUCCUAUCAAAUGCUUCUCUAUGAGGAAUAUUUGAUUGGAUCUCGUGGAGGAAGGCAUGAUGUCAGAUGGGGCGUGGAAUCCAUUCAGGGGAGUUUUGUUCGGCAACAUUGUAGGUAGGUUUUUUUUUCUUCUUUUACAUGGUUAUUUAUUUUUUUUUGUGGUGGACGGAGGUACCUAAUCGUAAUGCCCAAUAGGAUUUUCAAAAUUAAAAAAACAUAUUUUUAUUAUUAAAAAAGUAAACCUUUCAAGCUUAUCUUAAUUUCAUCAUGGGUCCCUUAAUAAAUAGCGUCCCUAUACUUAUGACCUGCGUUCUGACAAGUGCCACAGGAAGUACCUGUGCAGGGCUUAGCUUAUUGGCUGAGCGCUUCAGCAAGUCAAAAUGUGCAAAACCGGUUUGACUAAUUACAAUGGUGGGUGUCGGGGCACUCCAGAUACCAUAACCACUACAGCGCACUGUAGUUAUAUUGCUUGGAGUGUUCAUUUAACUAUACCUUGUUUCAGGGCACAAUUUGAACCUAAAAAUUAAAUUUAAAAAAAGAGGGGUGCAACUCCUUCAGAGUAUCUAAAGAUGUGGUUUUGAUCCUUUGUGUUAUUGAGACUGUCGUAUAACGUUUUUAAACCAUGAAUUAAAUCCCACAGUUUGAAAUAUUCCUUACAUUUACCCAAUAGUAAAUAGAAUGCAGUAAAACAAAAUGUAUACAUUCUAAUAAUGUAUAAAUAAAGAUAAAGACCGAAUUAAGAGAGGUAUUAAAUGUUUCAGGGAAACCAAACUUAAAAUGAUUACUUCCAAAACACAGUGUGCUCCUAAUGAUAACCUGCAGAUGUAGAUAAUUACCAAAUCAACACACACAAACAUACCUACAUUUGUAUUGUAGUAAUUUGCUGAUCGGUCUAUUGUGUGAUGCAAUACAUUCCUUAAAUGAGCCAUAGCUGUAAUAAAGUAACUUUUGGUGGUGAAGGAAUCUGAUGUAGUGAAUCUGUUUUUGUUGAAGCAUAGGAGAACAGACACUGGCAUCCCUGACCUGGUUCAGCUCUGCAAAAACUGCCAGCCAAUGGCGCGAUUACUGGCUGCGUCAUAGACUGCAGUGGUGGCAAAAGGUGAGUCUGUAAAGGAUUAAUUGGUGCCAUGCAGAAUGAUGGCUAGUUAAUGCGUCAGGAUAGCACAUCUUCAUUAAGUCUCCAUGUAUAGUCCAGGAUAGUCUUUACGAAAUCUAGAACCUAGAUGUUCCUAAACUACAUUUCCCAAGAUGCACCUGUGGUGCCAAGAUUAGUCACAUAUCUUAUUUUAUUCAUCUGUAUUUACCUGAUCUAACUCUUCCCCCCUCUCAGUUCGCUCAGAGUCCAUCCAGCUUCAGUACCAGCGACCAUCAAGAUGACCAGGGCAGGAAAGUGUCUGAGAUACAGUAUCGCUUUCCCUGGGGAAAAGAACCAAUUGAAAGCCUUUGCAGUAAGGAUGACUCCACUCUCUUACAGAUGCAUCCUGGGAACAAUACCCAACUGCAUGUAAGACAUUGCAUUUUAAUCAUGGGAUUUAAUGUAUCCAACACUGUGUGACAGAAGCCGUACUUCUCCUAAUCCUUUCACGGGUUUGGUAGGAUGAUGCAGACAUCACGGAGUUCUCCAGCUGUUAAGGCUUUUUUAUCUUUUAACCAUGAACACUCCUUGCAGCUUAUGGACAAGGGGCUCCUGCAAGUACAUGGGUACUUGGACCUGCAGCCAUAGUGCAGCACAUGUCCGCUUAGAUAUUCUGAUUAAUGGAAUUGCUGCCAGUUGUUGAAGUGCGUAUCCCAUAAACCCCAAAGAUAGGCAUUCAUGGGACAAUUCUGGUCUAGACAAAACUCUGCAAUUGCAGGAAGUUUCCGAUAAUCGUUUUAAUAUAAUAAUUUUUAGAAGGCAUAUUUUAACCCUUUACCCAUAUAAUGCAUUAAAAUAGGGUGUCGCUUUAUCUGUUUCCCCCCUUCUUGUCCUUCUUUAAUCUUUCUUUCUACACCUUGCUUUUCAUUACAUGCUUACUGUUGCGAGCGAAAGCUUAACUCUUUUAUAUUGCUUGAAUUUGAUUCCAUUUUUUUAUUAAAAAAUGUCCCUUUUGUGUAAUUCUUUUGUAAUUUAAUAACCCCCCUCCCCACAAAAUGUAAUAUAAUGUGGGAUGUCACAUACAGCCUGAAUCCUGCUGAUUUCUGCCACCUGUGUUUCUCCAGGGUCGAGAUGGGAGGAAGUCUGUGAUUCCGUACGUUUUGUGGGUGAGCGGGAAUCUGGAGCGUGGUUUGUUGGCAUACCUAUCUGAUGCCCUCCAGCUGUCAGAGACCUCACGCCAGACAAAGGACCUAAGAAGGCAGGUGGGCUGCCAUUGAUAUAAUCUACUAAUCCUUUAAUAGUUCAUAGUCACUGCUUUUAUUACAGUGGAGGGUAGACUCCUGAUACAUUGAAUUGUUGAAAUGCCUACGUGAGUCAGAGUAGAUGAGUCGGACACAUUUUCCAGCCCUGCUAUAAUUCCAGUUUGGAUAUUUUGGCUUUACAGUUGCAUUCUGUUAACCUCUCCACUACUCUGGUUUAGUUAACAAACCCCAGAACUUGUUCUUUGUUUUAGGUCUUAAAGUUUCAUCCAGCAUUGACACCCUUUAAAGUGGCUGUGGACAUGGUGAAGGGACCAGCAAUGGAGUUAAGACUGGUUCGUAAAAGUUGUCUGACAAUAUUGGGCUGUUUGUGGAUGAUCUCUGUCUCUGUGACAUACAAUGGAUACGCUUCACGUCUUCUGCAAAGUGGUUUUUUUUAGGGAGUUACAUCCUAGGACCAUACCAAGGGGUAGCCCUGAUUAUUAAGUAUAUUUUGUAUAAAUAUGGUUUCUGGACAGGUAGUGAUCAUACCCCUCAUGUCCACUUUGGAGUAUUCAGGUGUGGACACCGAGUUAAAGUACUUCAGUGCAUUCAGGUCUUGAAGUUCAAGUACAGACUUUUAAAGAACUUUUAUAUAAUCAUAUUCACUCCUACACAUAAUUUUUGCCCCAAAAUCAAUAAAACUGUUUUUAUUGUGUUCUUAUGAUUUACUGUAAAAACCAUAAGAAUUUAGGAAGUGUCUGAAUGUAGGAACAUUCUCUAUGAAGUUAUUUUCCCAAACACUGGAUAUUAUAUUGAACACAACCAAUGUCUGAUUGUAUUUUAAAUGAUCAAUAUGUUCUGACAGAUAACUUUGAUUGUUGUUUAUCAAGCAAUCUGUUAUAGGAAGAUACGUGUGAGUGUUGUAAGAAAAUUCCCUGACCUAGAUAUACAUUUUAGGUCUGCCAAGGAAUGGCCAGCGAGCUGCGGGAAAAUGGUAUUUCCGUGUGGCCAGGAUAUUCGGAAACCUCACAUGUGCCUCUGGAGAAAUUGUUUACAAGGUAGGCCUGAAACAUGCCAAAGGUAAAUUAAUUCUUUAGGAAUCAGCCUGUAUUAUAGACAAAUUGUAUAUUUCAUUUUUCAUUGCAAAAGAAAAUGUAGAGAAGAAAUUACCAUUACCUUCUACAGGGCUCCUGCACUGCUCUUCAACUGAUGGAAAAACUAAUUUUGUGGCUUUGUUCCAUUUAGGCACUGGGCGUGGGUCAGAUGACUGUGAAGUGCUGAUUAGGGGCAAGAGAUAAGAACUUCUAAAGAGAAACACACUCUGCUGUAAGAUCGGAUUGAAAAUUAAAGGGUCACUGCAGCAUCAGGAAUCCAAACGUUUAUUCCUAGUGCUUUAGUGUCCCUGUCCCUAUUUUAAAAACUGGUCCAUCCCACCUGUUUACCAUAUGAAAUAAUAAAAUAAAGAUUUCACCUACCUAUUUCCAGUGCUGGGAUUCCCUCUGUGCAAUUUACUUCUCUGACUGAAGUUUUACUCUGUCAAUGCUGCGGAAGUAUCUCUAAUGGCUGCCUGUAUGACUGCCACUAGAGAAUGAUUUAACUCUCAAAAAGAUCUAAUCGUCCCUUUCAAUUCACGUCCCAUUGUAAACAAUUGUCAGAGUCCUUUCACCUAUACUUUACCUCCUCGUCUAUUCCUUAUCUGGAAAUUAGAACCUUAAAAAGGGACAUAGAGAACUGGAAUAAACCUGAGUGGGCUGUGUGUACAGCGUCAUGGUGAACAUCAUGCCUGGACUGCUCUGUCUGUUUCAGACACCCCCGAUUCCAGUGGCUAGUUCUGACCUAUGAUCCCUUCAGACAUUAAUUGAUGAUUUUCUCUGGCAGUACCGGACACACAGGGGGGCUUAGACAGUUCUCUAUAGACUGAACUGUAUUGGGCUUACCCAGUUUGAGUUGCAAUUAGCUCCGCUGCAGGCAUGGCACACUAUCGGGCAUCACAGAUGGGUCGACCUAGAUUCAGAUCUCUUUUCACCAGACCUUUCCGAUUUUAUUUUAUUUAUUUUUAUUUAUUUUUUAUCUGGCCCCCCCAAAAAAAUCAUCGGCCUUUCCUGCAUACACAAUUCCCAGCUAUUAUUAAUUCCAUGAGAAUCUCUGACAAGUGCGCUGUAAGAUGUAAACUGACUUCUGAUAUUUCCCUGAUUACUCAAUUCCUAAGGGACAUACUUCACAUUUGAAAUGGUUCCGUAUCUCUUUGGACAUUGAUUUACUCAAAAAUUUAUUCCAUACAUCCCCUUUGAUGCUCUGAAAACUAGUGCCGCACUAACCACCUCUGAUUUUAUUUUUUGAGCAUGAUACAGUUCUGUAGUUUUGAUGAGAAAGCUGACAUUCACACAAUAGCUAUUAGAGGUUUGACACAUAUUGAUGAUCUAGGUCUGCAGGAAUCAUCAAAGGCCUUACCCAUGUGUCCCCCUAUUUGCUUUCAUUUUCUCCUCGAUAUGUGAGGUAUGAUAUACGAUGCUAGAGUGGUUUUCGACCUAAUCUAACACUGCCAAUCUAUCUUGUAUUGCUAUCAUAACGAUUUUUCUUCAAGUACACCGUUCUAUGCUUUGUUUGACAUCCUAAGUGCUGGUUAAACUUAUUGGCAUAUGUACUCGAGCAUCCCGCAGCUCACGUACUGUUGCGCUUUAUCACUUGCUUGACAUUCUAAGUGUUACUUCACUUUAUUUGCAUAUGUAUUUGAUUUAAUGUUAGUUUACCUUGCCCUUUUUUUUUUCUUUAUUAUUUUUUUAAAUUCUUUAUUUAAUCUAAUCGUAUUUGCACAAAGCAAGUUAGCACCAGUACUUUUUUCAGUGUACGUAUUGAUAAACAAUUAUAGUGAUAUUUAUGUAUACACAUACACUAGGAAUUGCACAAUAACAAGCUAUGACCAAUUCUUGCUUCUCAGAAUGUUACUGAUGGGAGAAGGUUUUUAUCAACUUGCAAAGUGGACUGAGGUUUAGCGGUUUUAUUUUUUGUAACAUUAUCACAGGAAACAAAUCCGACCUCCUCAUGUCUAUUAAAGUUUCUUUAUCCUGUCACUCUGCAGGUACGAUGAGAUGGGCAUCUUAUUCACAGCGCUUGUGAGUGAAAGCACGCUAGAAAACGGACUUCUUCAGCUUCGGAACCGCGAUACAACCUUAAAGGAAACUAUGCAUGUUUCCAAAGUGCGCCAUUUUCUUGAACAGUAUAUUACCGCUGCCAAAAACCUGUGAAACAUAUUAAAGAAGGAUUUUAGAACUGGCCUCUGAGUUAAAUUUACAAACUUCUUCCGCAAAAUAAUUAGAUUAGUAAACCACCGACAUUAACUGCAGUCUUUCAAUCGUCACUGUUUGUCCCUUGGCAAACAGAUUUUAAGUUAAUCUAAAUAAAUCCAGCAUAGGCCGUAUUAAAACUGUUGUUUCUACUAUCUUGAGCGAACAUCCGUCUGGGAGAGACCUGCUUGACCCCCUUGGUUUAUAUAUUUAAAAGAAUAAAGUGGAUUUGCCAAAUUAAGCCAGCACUGGUCAACAGAUUGUGUGCCUGUAUCAUAUACUUAAAGGAACACUCUACACCAAAACCAUUUCAUUAAGUUACAGUUGUUUUGGUGUAUGAAUUAUGUCCCUACAGGUUCACUGUUCAAUUUACUGCAGUUUAGGAGUUAAAAAAGCGAAACCAUUCUUCUUUUCAUGCAGGCUGUGUCCGUCGGAGCCAGGGGAAAUGUGGCUGGGGUUUCAUGGACAGAAACAAAAGUGAUUUAACUCCUAAAUGGUGGAGAAUUGAGCAGUGAAACUGCAUGACCUAUACACCAAAACUGCUUCAUUAAGCUAAAGUGGAAAUGGUGUUUAGAGUUUCCUUCUUAAAGUUUUUUUUUGGG